GUACUUAUACUGGUUCUACAUCUCUACCCAGUGUACUGGCAGGGAAGUGCGAUGGUACAACAUGUACAACACUAACUACAGAAUUGGCAACUGUAAAAAGUUGUCUCACAAACCCUUCUGAUGCUGCUUGCACAGGAACAUAUGGUGCUGCAACAGCUCUGCCUGCUGUACUGGCCGGAAAGUGUUCUGGUACAACUUGUACAACACUCAAUACUGAUGUUACUUCAAUAAAAAGCUGCUUUACAGAUCCUACAGCUGCAGCCUGUACAGGUACAUACAGUGCUAGUACCUCCUUGCCCUCUGUACUGGCUGGAAAAUGUAAUGGUGCAACAUGUACAACCCUUACAGGAGAAAUGGCAACAGUUAAAAGGUGUUUAACAAAUCCAGCUGAUGCAUCCUGUACAGGUACAUACAGUGGUAGUACAUCUUUGCCUACUGUACUAGCUGGUAAAUGUGACGGUACAACAUGUACAACUUUAAUAACUGAUGUAACUGCACUGAAGGCUUGUAUGUCUACUCCAACCAAUGCUGCAUGUACGGCUACCUAUGGUUCUGCAGGAACUAUUCCUACUGCACUGGCUGCUAAAUGUGAGUCAUCAACCUGUACAAUACUUACAACCGACCUAACAACAGCCAAAGCAUGUCUCACUGACUACACAGCAGCAACAUGUACAGGAGUAUACGGAGCUGCUACAACAAUACCAACCAAGUUAAACCAGAUGGACAAGUGCAUGACAAGUAUAGAUGACGCUACAUGUACUGCUGGGUACGGUACAAGGGUCAACUCAGGAGGAACUGGUUUAGUGGCCUGGGCUCAACAAUUAAAGAAACCAAGUGUUGUACAGUGUGGAUUUGGAGUUAAAACUGGAGCAUUACCGUUUAUCAGGACAACUGAUACAGCUGAACCAAACAGUUGCAGUGUCUUCCCGAGUUAUUAUCGAGUUGUGUUUAAGUCUUGCGUUCAGUCCGAGCCAGAUAAUACAGAUAAAUAUCAUAUGCAGCCCGAUGCCGCGACGGAUUCACAGGAAGUGCAAAUAAAACAAGAUGGAUGGUAUCAGGUGGAUAAAUUUAUAAAUUUAUAA